UAUGUCUGCGCCCUUUAGCAAGGUGGUAACGACGCAAGCUGUUUGUAAAUGAUGUUAAUAGGACGUUUCUAGACAAUGUUUAAAGAAUUAAUGACUGGAGCCUGUUCCGAUAUAGCCACCGCUAACUGGAAAAAUGGAUUAAAGCAUUCGGCAGCUUGACAUUUGAUUUCAUGAUCACGUUGAGCUAGCAGGGAACCUUCAGUGAGUCGUUUACCUCAGAUAUUCAUAUCAUGUUUUUGUAGAUUAGUUCAGACUUAAUAGUAAGAACCCCGCCCAUCAGCCAUGUUUUGUCAAAGAUUUUCUAAAUCCAAAAGAAUAAUCUGUUGUUGGUUGUAGUAUUCCACAUUAUAGCUGCUCACCACUGACUUGAACCUGUUACAAAAUUUUUAAAAAGGUAAAAUUACCACUACCGUGUUAUAUUUACGCCGAAUUGAAGAAUUUUUCUUCACUAUAUAGGCUGUAUCGUAACCCUUGUGUUGUCCUCGGGUCAAAAAUGGUCGCUAGCAUCUGGGAGUAAUUUAUUUGUUUUAAAACAUAAAUAAAUAUCAACUUUUGUAUUUUUGAAUGAGAUUUGGCUAAAUGGACUAGAGACCGGCAAAAAUCAAGUCUGUUUACUACGCAGUGAAUAUUUCAGCCACAUCUACAUGUAAAAUGGCUUACAGAAGACUUGUAAACCUUCUACCCAGAGUAAAAGAGUCUGCCUAUAACCUAUGGAUACCUCACUUUCAAAAAUCACCAUAUGUCUUAAACCAAACUGUUGAAAAUAGAGCUAAAAGAACUCUUUACACCAGCACACCACUGAUGGUGAAGUUGCUGUCAGUGGAUGAGAUUUUUGCCAGGAAGUCUCUGCAGGAGCACCUGAGGAAGACUGAGGGCCAGUACAGCGAAUGUUUACAAGCCAUCAGUGGUAAUUUGGGAGAGGAGCAGUGCAGUGAGGAUGAACUGAAGGCCAACAGGACCAAAGUGUCCCUUCUGGCUCCUCUUAUCCAGACCAUCAGAGAGCUGGACACCAAGCAAAAAGAGAUUGCAGAGACUGAGACACUUCUGAAAGAUGAAGACCCAUCUUUGCGGGAACUGGCAGAGGUGGAGAGAGCAGGCUGUUUGGAAGAUAUUCAAACUCUUAGACAAAAGAUUCUGGAUCUAUUGAUUCCAGAGGAGGAGACUGAUCUGAGUGACCUUGUCCUGGAGGUCACCGCUGGCGUUGGUGGUCAAGAAGCCAUGCUGUUCAAUGCUGAGGUGUUUGACAUGUACCAGGGCUUUGCUCAACACCACGGCUGGUCCUUUGACAUCCUGGAGCACACAACCAGUGAGAUAGGUGGACUACGUCACGCCUCAGCUAGUAUCAGCGGCCCUCAGAGCUACAAAAGGAUGAAGUUUGAGGCAGGAGUUCAUCGCGUUCAGAGGGUUCCCAAGACUGAAAAACAGGGCCGGAUGCACACCAGCACCAUGACUGUGGCUGUGCUGCCCCAGCCCACUGAGAUCUCUUUCACAAUAAACCCAAAGGAUCUCAGGAUAGACACUAAGAGGGCGAGUGGAGCUGGAGGUCAACAUGUCAACACCACAGACAGCGCUGUCAGGAUAGUUCAUCUUCCUACAGGUGUGGUUGCAGAAUGCCAGCAGGAGCGGUCCCAACUGAAAAACAGGGAGAAAGCCAUGAAGUCCCUGAGAGCAAAACUGUACAGCAUGAAGCUGGAAGAGGAGACCAGCAAACGCUACAACCAGCGGAAAAUACAGAUCGGCACUAAAGGACGAUCAGAGAAGAUUCGGACCUACAACUUUUCCCAAGAUCGUAUAACAGACCACCGGAUCAGCUUGACUCUGCACGAUUUAAAAAGCUUCCUGCUGGGAGAGGAUCUUCUGGAUGAGAUGAACUCCUCACUUCAGGAGUUUUCCAACCAGGAGAUUCUCAUGGAACUGCUGGGAGAAAACAGUCAGGACAACUCAUGAGUUUGUCUCUGACAGAAUGUGCAUUUAUUUCAGAUAAUAAUGUAAUGCUGGUCAUUCCUAGACUGUGAAAACUGUGUGGGGAAAGAGAAGAUGAUGCAUUGCACAAAUCUCAGCAGUGCCUGAUACGAGAUGCGUAUCUGAAAGUGAUAAGCAGCGUCACAACAAACAAAAAAAAGUGGCAAAUAAAAUGUAUGAGCUGCACAGUCAUCACAAAGUCGUAUGUUUUGGUACCUCAUGAGUUGAAGAAAGAAAAAUUCAAAAAUGUAAUUCUAACACGUUUCAUGCAACAGAAAUGAAAAUGAACACAGCAGAUUCUUCAUCUGUUUUCAUUAUAACAGCAGAUGGAUUCUCCAGUGAUUCUCAUGCUGGGCAGCCUUCAAAAAAUGCUGCCAGAUGUGUAACAAGUAUUAACUGGACAGGACAAGGCAGGAAUCUGCUGCCAGGACAGUCUGAGCUCUUCUGCAGGGGGUGCGUUGAGAUGGAGGGCAAGGUGACUCUAGCCCCUCCUGAUCUAUUACCCAACCCCAAUAAGCCAAAUCACCGAAUCACACAUGUGAAGCUACCCACUCACUGUGGUGACUCACUGUGACCAAGGGAGAAGCUGAAAAAAACUUUAGGUGAUUUUUUUAUGUUAAAUGUUCGUACUGCUUAAGCAGGGUUAUAAAUUUUCUCUGCUUCCUUACUACCCAAGAGGUCAUCACAGCAGAUGGAUCUAUAUAUUUGAUUUGGCACAGAUGUGACACCAGAUGCAACAACCCUCCUAUUUAUCCAGGGUUAUGACCUCUGGUCUCAAACUAGGGAUGUUUUUAGGCAAACAUGUUAACCACUAGACUAUGGAAACACUUCAGUAAAGACUUUAAAAACUUGUUCCACCAAAAUGCAAAACAAUUAUUUAGUACAACAUGCUAUUUAAUCUCUUGCACAGUGCUAUUAAUCAUAUACUGUCAUCUAUAUUGCAGCAUGGGGUGGGAAAAAAAAGUCUGAAAAUCAAGCCCAGUGAUUUACAGUGCUUAAUAAAUUUAUUAGACCAUCUGUCCUAAAACCAAAGAUUUGUUUAAAAGUUAUAUUUAUUUAUUAUUUAAAUAGCAAACUAAAUUCAUGUUUGUAUAUCUCAAUUUGAGCUCACUCACUGGGUACAAAUGAAUCAAGCAUAACUGAUUUUUCUGCUCAGGAAUGCAAGUGGAUUACUUUAAUUUGGCACUUUACUUUAAUAAAAAAAAUAACAUGCUUUACUGUUUCCCCAAAAAACAGAAAAAAUAGUAGAUUCGUGGACCAGAACAAUAAUUAGAUUUUAGCAUUAAAAAUACAAUUUUGAUUAAAGAGCUUGCACAUACUCGUGAAUUAACCAUUACAGAAGCACAUAAAAUUAUUUUGGUAACUACCAAUACUGGUAAUUUAAGGCAGCUGUGGCAUAAACUGUAGAUUGAAUGGUAGUAUAAUACAUUUGUUAAGAACUGUAUACACCAUUCUUGUUGAACUGAAUCUGAUCAGAUAUUCUGAUUUUAAAUUUCCAGUGGACCCCCUUAGCAACCUCAUUUUAUUUAUUUAUUUUUUAAGUCUUUGAGUCACCCUGUUUCUUGUGGGAUCUUGCUCUAAUUCAACCAAAAUGACCUAAGUACUGUUCUCUCUCUGUCUCUCUUUG